AUGCCUUUCAUACAAUAUUGUGUAAAAGAACAGAAUGGUAUUGAAGUAUCAGCGAAUAGUGAAGUCGCAAGAUUUCAAAGAGAGGAACUUUUCAAACACAAUUCAUUACAAGGUUGUAAGAAAAAGCUUGCAGUUACCGUCAAAAUGUGCAACGACCCACAACCUUCCGCUGAUGAGUACAUACCUAUAGAACACGUUUUAGGGGCAAGUAAUAAGCGCAUACGACUCCUUAAUCCGUAUAUUCUACGUCUACGUCGUGAAGCACCGUAUCAAAUUUAUAAACUUAAGAAGAUUGAUUCUUGGAUCUCGCUAAACGAGCGUCUGCGGCCGUGUGAGUGCAAACCGGCCUCGCGACACCUCGCUUGGGCUCGCGCGUGCUCGGUCACUCGGCACUCCCCGCGCAGCACCGCGCCGCGGCCGCUCUGCUCCAUAAACCGAGACGAUCUAAGCACAUUAUCUGUAGAAAUAAUGAAAAAAAGGCUGAGAAAAGACGAAGAUGAUAUUAUGGGUUUUACGAUAGGUACUCCAGUUAAUACAUUAUCCAAGAGAAAAAAUGUACCCUCAAAACAAAGAGAUUUCGUUAUAUAUGAAAUUGGUGAACCCGACAUAUUGCACGAAGCAAGAAUACAGCUAUAUGAAAAGAUGAGCACAAUCGAUGGUAAAACAAUGUGGAAUGAUUUCACAAAACUCAUCCCUGCUAGUAUUAGUACUGUGGACCCAGAAUGGAGCAACCAAGAUUUAACUAUUCGAUAUCGAACAAAAGAUUUCUUAACAAGGGAAAAUUAUACGUUACCUUCGGGUAGCUUGUGUUUAGUUCUCCCGUUGAAUUAUGUAACAGAAAAUUUAUUACAGGACAACAGAAAAACCGAACAUAAAUUAACAGACCAACAUGAAGAAUUUAUAAUUGUACCUAUAGACGAUAUUAUUAUGAUAAAAUCACCAAAAUCCCAAAGUGAAAUUAAUAAGACCUUCGAAUCGCCUACUGAAUAUAUUAAUGAGCGUCGCCGCAGAGUAGUUAUCAGAACGACGCGCACAUUAAUGGCUGGAAGCUUAGCUAGCCUUGAUAUACUGGAAAAAGGCACAGAUAGCUACCUUAAAUUACCGCACAGAAUCUCGCAUAGAACUCAGUUGGACUUAGAAGCGAAAGCUGAUGAUAACAAACUUGUUUUUCUACGUGAAGUGAAGGCAUUCAUCAGAUAUCAUUUUAAUAGGUCUUCAGGAAGGCUGACUUCAAUAGUAUCGGAUACUCGUAAAACUCGAUCUACAUUGAAUCUUCAAGUUACAAAUACUGGAUUGGCUGCUUCAUAUUAUAGAAUUUCAGUUCGAGAUUGCUUAACUGAUUCUCAGGAAAUACACUCAUCGGAUGGUGUAACAACUAAGUUACUUAUACCACCCAUGCAUACAAAACCUUUUCAAUUAGAAAUUCCACUGGAUAGUUCUUUUACUGAUGCCUUAUGUUCAGUUUCAUUGAUGAAUGGUGAUGAUGAGUCAGUAGCAGUACGAGACGUUAGAAUUAAAAAAAAUGACCGAUGUUUCUGCAUUUGGCACUGUGAAUGCGUUUGUAUCACCGAAGACCCAAAGUUGACGUGUAGAGAUAUGCCAGAUGCACAGCUAAUAGCUGCUGGACAUUCUCCCAGAGAAGGAUCUCGAUACAUUCGAUCCCUCUGCUAUCCAGAUAUAAUCACUUUGAACCUAUUCGUGAUAUUUUUUGGAGUGCUUAUCGCACUAUUGUUUCUCGGUAUCCUCAAAGCUUUUUUAGGUUUAUGCUGUCGGUGUACAAGUUCCUGGGGCUUGGAAUUAUUGUUUAAUGCACCCCGUAAACUUGACCAUUAUUACGAGAGUUCAUUAAGACGUCGCACUCUGGUUUAUGAUAAAGACGGUUGGCCUGUUCACCCAGAUACCAAACAACGUACCGUUCGACUCGUGAGCAAGCCGAUGGAAUUUAUUUUAAACACAAUUUUCUUCAUUGUUCUCCCAUGUAUUCUACUAUGGGAUACUAUUAAGGAAAUAACGAGUAAAUUACAAAACACGGACAAGAAAGUCGGAAGUAAAUCGAGAAAAAACAUAAAAAAGUGUUUUAGCACUCAGGACAUGCAGAGCAAGGAAUUCCGGUGGCGGCGGCAUAAGGGUGGACUUCGUAAAUGGAUGACACCGCAGGCGGAAAAUCUUUCUACUGACAUAUGGCAAUACGGAUUACCAGGCGGAAGAAUCGUGAACGAUUGUAUGCAGCCGUUGCUCAACGAAACACCUUUUUGUGGAAAACUAGACGAAAGCAAACCACACCACAAUGAUUCUGAUCAAGACGAUACUGAGUUCGUAAUAAUGCAAAUGCAGAAGAGCAAGGAAUCUCUUGCUAAAAAUGAAACUUAAGACGUGUGAGAAACCUGAGAUGAAAAAUAAAUCAUAUACUUAAUUAGGUAUAUUAUGAAAGUAAAGUUUAAAUAAAAG